AUUCAAAGAGCCCAUCUUCUCCUUUAAACUUGGCUGACCAAAGACUUCUUGAUGCUAGUACUCAGUUUCAGAAGAAACAAGGCAAAAGCAAUAUUGAUGUCUGGUGGCUCUUUGAUGAUGGAGGUUUGACACUGUUGAUUCCUUAUCUUAUUACAACCAAGAAGAAGUGGAAAGACUGUAAGAUCAGAGUGUUCAUUGGUGGAAAAAUAAACAGGAUUGAUCAUGACAGAAGAGCGAUGGCUACUUUGCUCAGCAAAUUUCGGAUAGACUUCUCGGACAUUAUGGUUCUUGGUGAUAUUAAUACUAAGCCAAAGAAAGAAAAUAUUGCAACUUUUGAAGAAAUGAUAGAGCCCUUCCGACUUCAUGAAGAUGAUAAAGAACAAGAAUUUGCAGACAAAAUGAAGGAGGAUGAACCAUGGAGGAUAACAGAUAAUGAACUUGAGCUUUACAAAACAAAGACUUACCGCCAGAUUAGGCUAAAUGAGUUGCUGAAAGAACAUUCAAGUACAGCUAACAUAAUUGUCAUGAGUUUGCCAGUCGCACGAAAAGGUGCAGUUUCUAGUGCACUGUACAUGGCCUGGUUAGAAGCUCUUUCUAAAGAUCUGCCACCAAUUCUCCUUGUUCGUGGGAAUCAUCAGAGUGUUCUCACCUUCUAUUCCUAAGAGUACUGCAUGUGGGACAGCUGUGAUGAAAUGGUACUUCAGCGUCCAAGGGAGAGUGACUGACACGGUCUGUAGUUUAUGAACAUCGCAAAGGCAAAAAGUGACUCUUCUUUCACUAUUUCACUGACUUGAAAGCACACAAGGAAAGUCACUGUAUUUCUAAAGUUGUGACAUCUUCAGUUUUAUUCUGUAUUUUCUGUAAUUUAAUCUUGCUUAAUGGGGGAGGAUUCCUUGUUAGACCGAAGAACAAGACAAGCUUUUUGUUUGCUAUUUGAGUAGCAGCAAUAAAAUGUUUUAUUUUUUAUCAGUGAAAGGAUUAUAGAUUUAUAAAAAGCCUUUUAGCCUUGAGGUGCCUUCUGAAAUUAACCAAAUCUCAUCCAUACAUCUUAUUUUGUAAAUCUAUGUAGAAUGUCAAAAUCUGCCUUCCCCUAAGAUUUUAGAUCAGACUUGUUUUAGUUUCUAGUCUCUCUUCCAUAUUCCAAUAAAAAUGAAUGCUGCUUUUCA